AACGUGGUUUGGCCCUAGGCUUUGACUCUACCAGACGAUGUUCGCUUGCUCGGUGUGCUGAAGGCUAGGAAGUUUCUGCUCGUCGCCCCUCAUGAGCUAUUUCUUGAGAAGGCUUGCUCAUUCUGGCGGUUGCAGAAGCUCUCUCAUGCGGGCCAUAGCGGUCGCCGCUACUGGCUCGGGUCUCUUGUACUCCAACGGCGAUGCUAACUUGAGAGCGUCGACGACGGUACACGUCCCCGAACGGUUGCGAGAUUGGCAAUUGCUGCCUGAAUUUUAUCCUCGAAAUUUACCUUUUUUCUUGGAUCAUGAUCUCUCUGGAAUAAUUCCGCUAUAUUCUUAUAAAGUCAGUCCUGCUUCAUCAUCUGACAUACCAAAGGAAGCUUCUGGGGUUGUAGCUGAUGGCGCAAAGCCUUGUGAUUGUUUGGGCAGAGAUACCAUUGCAAAUGCAGCUGCUAAGGUUGGUCCAGCUGUUGUAAAUCUUUCAGUUUCACAAGGGAUUUAUGGUAUGACUACUGCAAAAAGUAUUGGCUCUGGAACUAUAAUUGACAAAGAUGGUACAAUAUUGACUUGUGCACAUGUUGUGGUUGAUUUUCAAGGCCUGAGAAGUUCAUCCAAAGGGAAGGUUGAUGUGACUUUACAAGAUGGGAGGACAUUUGAGGGUACAGUGGUGAAUGCUGACCUUCAUUCUGACAUUGCUUUAGUUAAAAUCAAUUCCAAAACCCCACUACCAGCAGCAAAACUUGGUUCUUCUGGCAGGCUCCGUCCUGGGGAGUGGGUAUUGGCAAUAGGCUGUCCACUUUCCCUUCAGAAUACUGUCACAGCUGGUAUUGUAAGUUGUGUCGACCGUAAAAGUAGUGAUCUGGGUCUUGGUGGCAUGCGAAGGGAGUAUUUACAAACAGAUUGUGCAGUUAAUAUGGGGAAUUCUGGCGGGCCUCUGGUUAACAUUGAUGGAGAAGUUGUUGGUGUCAAUAUCAUGAAAUUGAUAGCAGCUGAUGGAUUGAGUUUCGCCGUGCCAAUUGAUUCAGUGUGUAAAAUUAUAGAGCACUUCAAGAAAAGUGGGAGGGUUAUACGGCCAUGGCUUGGGCUCAAAAUGAUUGAUCUUAAUGAGAUGAUUAUAGCGCAACUAAAAGAGAGAGAUCCUUCAUUCCCUAAUGUCAGCAAGGGCAUUCUUGUACCUAUGGUAACUCCGGGGUCUCCUGGUGAUCGAGCUGGUUUUCGUCCUGGGGAUGUUGUCAUUCAAUUUGAUGGGAAGCCCGUAGAGAAGAUCAAGGAGGUGGUUGAAAUUAUGGCGGUCAGAGUUGGCGUGCCCAUUGAAGUAUUAGUGAAAAGAGCAAGGGAUAAAGUGGCAACUUUAACUGUUAUUCCAGAGGAGUCCAAUCCCGAUUUGUGAGCAGUUAAAAACGUUCCAUUUUGCGUUUCGUAGUGCUGUCCGUUCAGCCGCAGGAAAAUAGCAGCAUUUUCUUUUCCUGCAAAAUAAUAUUUCUUAAUUAUUUUUUAAAAAUAAAAGCACUGCUUUCUAUUUUUAAAAUUAUUUCUACUUGACCCCACACAACUUGCAAACAUUUUACAUAGCAAGGUCAGAAACUAGUGCGUAUCUUGGACCUCCAGCGUUUAAUCGUGUUUCCAUGUCCGGAAAUUGGGACUGUGACAUUAACCCGGCAGUGAUUUACAAAUUGAACUGAACGACCACGUGGCCGUCAAGAACUCAUAGUCGUCGUUGCGAUGACGGAAUAAAGCUGCAAUGACUGACUGUGCGUCCAUCGGACGGUCGCCAUUCAUUUGCAUACUUGUAAUGAUGAUAACGUUAAGCCCUGUACAUAAUUACGUGUAUUUACAACUUCUACUACGUUCCGCACAAGAGGGGUGACGAGAAAAUAAUAUUAUUCACAAUGGCCACCAAAGAUUUAUA